AUGCCACCACCACCAAUACAACUCCUCCCCCUAGCAACCUUCACUCCCGACCUCUACACCCGCGCCUGGCAAUCAACCCCCCACCCCUCCCUCCCCCUCCUAGCAACAACCCACGACAAGACCGUCACCGUGUUUUCCCUCGCGACCUUUUCAAAGCACUCGUCCCUCACGGGGGGUCACAGCCGCUCCAUCCGAUCCUGUGCCUGGCAGCCUUCCUCUUCCUCUCAAAACCUGCGUCUCGUAACCGGCAGUUUUGACUCUACGGCCGGGAUCUGGACUUAUAACCCUGCUGCCACGCUCGAAAAACCCAUCGGUCAAGGGGAGGAGGAGGAGGAGGAGGAGGAAGAAUGGGAAUUCACCCUCGUGCUCGAAGGCCACGAAAACGAAGUCAAGUCGUUAAGUUUUAGUCCGUCGGGACAGUAUCUAGCUACUUGCAGUAGGGAUAAAUCGAUUUGGAUAUGGGAGCACUUAUCGGGAGGGGAGGAUGGAGAGGAGGAUGAGGAUUGGGAGACGGUUGCUGUUUUAAGUGAGCAUGAUGGGGAUGUGAAAACUGUGGCUUUUGCGCCGGGUUUUAAACAGGGGAAGAGGCAUGAUGGGAGGAGGUAUGGGAGUGAUUGUUUGGCUAGUGGGAGUUAUGAUGAUACGGUUAGGGUUUGGAGGGAGGAUCAGGAUGGGGAGUGGGGGUGUGUGAGUGUGCUGGAGGGGGGGGUUGGGACUGUUUGGGGGGUUGAGUGGGAGAAAAGGGAGAGGGAAAAUGGGAGGUAUCAGAGGUUGAUGACUGCUGGGGCGGAGGGGGGUGUUAAAGUUUGGGAACUCAAGGAGGAGGAGGGGGAGGAAGAGGAGGGGGAUAGUAGGUGGGGAGGGGUGCCGAAUAGGAUGAGGCAGAGUUUGAGGGAGGAGUGGGAGGUUAAGGGGGUGUUGCCGAGGGUUCACACUAGGGAGAUUUACUCGGUUGGUUGGAGUGGGGAGAGUGGAUUGGUUGCUACGACGGGGGGGGAUGGGUUGUUGGUUGUUUACGAGGAGGAUGAAGAGACAAAUGAGUGGAAGGUUAGGGCGAAGGUGGAGGGUGCGCAUGGGCCGUAUGAGGUUAAUCAUGUUACUUGGUGUAGGAGGUUUGAUAAGGGGGCGGAGGGGAGACAGGAGGAGAUGUUGGUUACGACGGGGGAUGAUGGGGUUGUGAGGGCUUGGGAGGUGAGGAUAGGGGAGGUUAUAGAUGCCAAGUUUGUUCCUGCCUUUCAAUCGGGGACGCCCGAGGAGGGGUGGUAUGGCACAGUGGUAUGAGGGGACGCCAAAUUACUCCUGCCCAUUCCACCUAACAAAGGGAUGUAAGGCGACUCUGGUGAUUGUGACAGGGACUCCGGGGUUCUCUGACACUUGAGGCGAAUAAACCCGAACUCGAACCCUCUUUUCUUCAUUUUUUUCAUUUUCGUUUUUACGACUUUUUCAGUUAACAAUAUGCCCUGAAUUAACAAUUCGAAAAACAAAUCCAAUUUAGCCCUUGUCUCCUGUUCUAAAAACAGCAAUGUAUGGUAUCGAUGCUUGUCAAAGAGUAUAUUACACCCGCUUCACCCGC